UCAAUGGAAUUCGCCGAUUUAGCUUAAAUACUGUAAUUAACGUAGUAGUGAAAUAUAUAUAAAAGCAUGUAUUUUCUAAAAUAAUAAUUGUGUUUCAAUAGUUACCGUGGUUAACCCAUUCAAGAUGAAAAUCAUUUUGCUAUUGGCGGUUGUGGGCGCUGCUGCAUCAGCCGAUACGAUUGAUUUCUUUUCGACUGCUGAUGAUAAUCUUGAUAUGGAGGCGGUGAUAAACGAUCCAGCGAAGCUAAAAGCCAUGACUGACUGCUUCUUGGAUAAAGGCCCUUGUGAUCCUGUAGCUCAGAGUUACAAAUUGAUAAUUCCUCAAGCUUUCCCUCACGCUUGCGGCCGUUGUAACGACGCCCAGAAGCAUUUGGCCCAUACAUACCUCCGCGGUCUCCUCUCGAAAAUACCAGAGGAUUACGAUGGCUUCUUGAAGAAAUACGACCCUCAAGGAAUCUACUUGGACAACUUCAUGGAGGCUGUUAAGGAUUAUUGAUUAGUGACAAUAAAUUAUUAUUCCCUAUU